CCUUCCCCUACCAUUUCCACAGUUUCGAUUAGCUUAGCUGUGCUAGCUAGCCUCUCUCUCUCUCUCUCUCUCUCUCUCUCUCUCUCUCGUGGGUGUAGUGAUCGGAUGGACAGCACGAGCUGCCUCGUGGACGACGCGAGCAGCGGCGCGUCCACGGGCAAGAAGGCGCCGGCGCCGGCGCCGGUGCCGAGCAGGCCGCUGCAGCGCGUGGGCAGCGGCGCGAGCGCGGUGAUGGACGCGGCGGAGCCGGGCACGGAGGCGGACUCGGGCGGUGCGGGGCGCGCGGGCGGCGUGGGCGGGAAGCUGCCAUCGUCCAAAUACAAGGGCGUGGUGCCGCAGCCUAACGGGCGGUGGGGCGCGCAGAUCUACGAGCGGCACCAGCGCGUGUGGCUAGGCACGUUCACGGGCGAGGCCGAGGCCGCGCGGGCCUACGACGUGGCCGCGCAGCGGUUCCGGGGGCGCGACGCCGUCACCAACUUCCGCCCGCUCGACGAGUCCGACCCGGUGGCCGCCGUCGAGCUCCGGUUCCUCGCGUCCCGGUCCAAGGCCGAGGUCGUCGACAUGCUCCGCAAGCACACGUACCUCGAGGAGCUCGCGCAGAACAGGCGCGCCUUCGCCGCUGCCUCCCCGUCGCCGCCGUCCUUGAACCCCGCGUCGUCUUGCCCCCCGGCACCCUCCUCGGUUGAGGCGCGCGAGCACCUCUUCGACAAGACGGUGACGCCCAGCGACGUGGGGAAGCUGAACCGGCUGGUGAUACCGAAGCAGCACGCGGAGAAGCACUUCCCGCUGCAGCUCCCGGCCGCCGCCGCUGUCUCCGGCGAGUGCAAGGGUUUUCUCCUCAACUUCGAGGACGCCACGGGGAAGGUAUGGAGGUUCCGGUACUCAUACUGGAACAGCAGCCAGAGCUACGUACUCACCAAGGGGUGGAGCCGCUUCGUCAAGGAGAAGGGCCUGCAGGCCGGGGACGCCGUCGGGUUCUACCGCUCCGCUGGCAAGCAGCUGUUCAUCGACUGCAAGCUCCGGCCCAAGACCACCGCCUUCGUCAACGCGGCGGCCGUGCCUGCCCCCGUAAAGGCGGUGAGGCUUUUCGGCGUCGACUUGCUCACGAAUCCGAGGCCGACGUCGGUGGCGCCGGAGCAAGAGGAGAUGACCAUGAACAAGAGAGCUAGGGACAUCAUCGCCGUUUCUGCACCACAUAUGGUUUUUAAGAAGCAAUGCGUAGACUUUGGGCUAACCUAGCUAACGUUUUUGCUCCGGACCUCUUGCUUGCUUCACUCGGAUGCAUGUGGUAGCUAUAGCUUAGCGCUCUUGAACCUCUACCUCUUCCUUCGACUGUUCAUUUUGUUUCUUCUUCUACAUGUCCUAAUCGAAUGAAAAAAUGGUUAGCUGCUCCGAGAGGAGGAGACUGAA